UGCUUGAUGUUCAGAAGUCAAAUAAAGAAAAGGAACCUCUUUAAAAUAAGCGUAGUUUGAGGGGCAUAGGGCAUCGAAAUGUCUUGUGAUCUACCCUGUUUGUCCUAUAUGGCAUUGUAUAUCAUUUCAAUGCACGUUAUUCAGAGUAAUUCUCGAACUUCCACCCACUGGCGACUGACAGAUGGACGAGUGUCCGCUUCUGACAGUUCCCUGUUUGCUGGGGCUGCGCCUGGCGGAGAAGAGCUUGAUCCACUCUUGAAUAUCCUCACAAACAAAGUAGUCAACGACGGAAAAUGGAAAUUAGAGGCAGACAAGACAUGUCAGGAUUGCGAUAAGGCAGAUGACAAACAUAAAGGGAAAAAAAAUGAAGAAAAAGAAAAGGCUAGCGAAACAAAAAGUACGGACGCGAGUGCUAACUGCAGCAAAACAAAGAAGGAAGUUUUAGACUGCGGUAAACCAAUCAACACAACACAGUUUGAUCACCUACGUGGUAUUGCCAACCGUCAUGAACACCCGCACAUACCAGAACCUGAAGUUGCCAUGAUCUUCCGGAAAAAAGCGGGACGCCAUUCUGAGGUGGACAUGAAUGAGUUGGAGAGACGACUGAAGAAAUCUAAGAAAGAUCGCCCCAAAUCAGCCCAGGUUUACAAUCAAAUAGGGAACUUCUGGCGGAUAAGAGGCAAUACGCAAUUAUCCAUAGAAUGUUUCCGGAAAGCGCUGUCCAUCUCACCGAAUAAUCCAGACGUCCUCCUCAAUCUUGCACGCGUCUUAUUCAACCUCCAAUUCCUCGAUGAUGCGAUAUUUCUGACACGCCGAUCACUGGAAAUGCAAUCUCCAGACCAGAAUCCGUGGCUGCAGCAUUUUACACUCGGUGAAAUUCUCAAGGCGUAUGGACACUAUCAGGAAGCAACACAUCAUUUCCGUCACACAUUGGAGCUAAAACCAGGUUUUCAACCGGCACAGGCAAAUUUACGAGAAAUGGAAGUAAGCCCGGAUGGGACGGUUACAUACUAUACUUUGUUUAUCAUUCUAUUCCUUGUCAUGGGAGUAUUGUGUGGAAUUUUAACAUCCGUCGAGGCAAACUUCGAGGAAUAUGGUGAAAUGAUGAAAACCCAACGACAUUUCAAUCGCGCAAUGGCGAUGCGUUCCAUUAAACUCGGAAUGAAUCCGAGAAUUAUGCGAAUGAAGAAGUACCACUGCUGAUUUUGACCAAUAGUACACGCGCUACCUGUAGGUUCUAAUAUUAGUGCUAAUUAUCCAAAUAAUGCUUUGUUAAGUAAUAGAUACAGUAGAACCUCUCUAUUAAGGACACCCUCGGGACUGACAAGUGCUGUCCUUAAUAGAGAGGUGUCCUGAUUAGAGAGGUCAAAUUGAAUGGAAACAACCAAUUUGGGACCAAAGCUAGUGUCCUUAAUAGAGAGGUGUCCGCUAAGAGAGGUUCUACUGUACUUCUCUAUGCAGUAAAUACACCAUACACUGAAUAGGAAUAUCUGGUCUGGAUUGUUGAAUUGUUUGGGUUGGUUGAUGUCCGUGUCACUAUGCAUUCAAAGUGAAUUAUAAAAUAAAUUUAAAAAAUUGGUAUAGACUGCCACAAGAAGAAAUUGUGCAUCAUCAUAUAAGUGUUGAUAUCUCCUGUGGGAAAGUCUUUUUUCCAAAUUUUCAAAGGAAUUUUUUUUCUGACAGUUCAGUACCAUCUUUGAUAAUAUUUGAUCUGUUUGAGUGUGUCUGACAAAAUUAGUUCAAAGGCCAGCCCUCACAUAAUUAUUUGAACAAAAUCUUGUCAGAAAUGUGUCAUUGUCAGCAAAUUGAUUUUUAUAUUUGAUGCAAAAAAUUUUGCCCUGUUCUCUACAGUACUUUUAAGAGGGAUGUACCUUUUUUGCAGGCUCGGAACAAAAAUAUGUUAUUUUGUGGUGUUAUUCUCAUAAAAGUCCCACUUCACAUUUCAUUAAGAUCUUUUACACAUUUAUUGGCAUGAUCAUCGUCUUCUGGUUCCAUUUUACGAUGAAUUUGAUAACUCUGGGAGAGGGGGAACCUACUUUAAAUGUUUCCAAAAUCCUUGGAAGACUCUCGGUCGAACUCUUUAUAACCAGGCUGAAUCUUACAAACCUGAAUUUUGUUAUUUCCAGAAAAUGCACAUAAUCUGAAGGUGGAAUCUUAGCAGUAUUUUCGUCCUUGGCCACUGGGUCGGGGCGCUAACAAAAGACCCAGACAAAAUGGGAAAACAGCCUGCAUGUACCUAGAAAUUCCACAAAAUCCUGGGUUUGUUGCCUAAUACAGUAUAAUAAAAUUAGUGAGGGCUGGCCAAAUGUUAUACCUCUUUUCUUGCCAUUCCCUUUUGUGUUCAUAAAUUAAUUGGGGAUGGAAUAUUGGAAUGUCUACAAGUCUGUUUUAAAAGUUGUUUCAGGCCCGCCCAAAAAAGUGCUCCGUUUCUGGUUUCACGGUUCACUGAAAAUUGAUGCGGUCUUGCAGGGUUUUUUUCUGGGAUAUUUUUUAUCACUUUUGUAGAUGUACAUGUAUGUGGAGAUUUCCGUACAGAAAAAAAACUGGGGUAAAACACAACAGAUUGCCUACUUUUCAGCUGCAGCAAUCAAUUUUGACGAACUACAUAAAUUUUGUUCCAUGUUUGUUCAGGUUUCUGCUGUUGAGAAGAUUUAAUAGUAGGGAGCCGCCGUGAUCAAUGCCCAGAGGGAAAUUCCAUAGGUGAUUCAGCGUGUAUAGUUCCAGAAUAAGCCACGUGGCGCUAAGGUGCACGAUAUCUUCUGCUUGAAAAUAUUGACGGAAAAAAUUAAAAAAUAUUGACGUGCAGGAGUUGGAACUGACGCGCGCAGAAACCAGAAACCGAACACUUUUUCUUUUGGCCUUACAUAUGUAUAGAUGCACAGGCCACGACAUCCAUGACCUAUCAGUGUACAACAUAACUGACUAUUGCAGUGAAGUAUUAAAGGUUAUCUAUCAUCAUGAUGCUGCUAAAAAAAAUUAGCUGUUGCUGUCUUUCAACAAAAAAAUUUUUUGCUUUGAAUGCAUAUUCAAUUCUUGGUCUGAAAACACCCAAACAAGUAUAUUCUGAGAGUUGCCUGAAAAACUUUGAAGAGGGUUCUGCAAUACACUUUUAUAUGAAGCUUUGCAGUAUAUUUCAUGGUACAUAGUACGAUAUUUGCCUGGUAAGAGGACUUGGUAAUGCACGAGAGGCUUCCAACAGAAUGAAAAGACUCUAAAUUUGAAAUUGAGUGCUGUGGCAGGUAAAAAGAGAUCUGCCUUAUCUCUGUGUCCCAAACUCAUGCACAUACUCAAAUGUCGCUUGAAAUACAAGACCUGAUCACUGCAGCCAAUCACAAUUCAAACGCAUUUGAUUUCCUGGCAUAAUCUUACCUCUCCAACAGUGGAACCUCCCAAUAAGGACACCCCACGGGACUUAUAACUGCUGUCCUUAUUAGAGGGGUGUCCUGAUUAGAGAGGUAAACUUGAAUGGAAACAACCCAUUUGGGACCAAAACUAGUGUCCUUUAUAGAGAGGUUGUCCUUAAUUAAUAGAGAGGUGUCCGCUAAGGGAGGUUCCACUGUACUUGGAAUACAGUAUAUUUUGUUUUUUGAUGCCAGAUGUCAGUUGUGCUCAUAUGAUGUAGGGAACCCUCUUUAUAAAGUUUUUAUUGUUUGACAGCACUUGCGACUGAAAGUACAGUUCUUGUAUAGAUGGUGUGAAUGUAAGCCUAUCAUUAGGCGGCAGUGUAUAGAAAGGCCUGUGUGUAUUGCUUGUAUGCAGGAACUUGCAGGAAGUCUUACUGAAUCCAUUUGAAAAGACUCUCACUGAUUCACUGCCACUGGACUUCUUGGCUAAGUGAAAAUGAGACUGAACUGAUAUUCCACAUUUGAGUAUGAUCUCAUCUUUGUAAAGUAUGUUUUUUCAUCUGAUUGUUAAUCUACAAGGCUAUUCCCACCUUCUUUCUUCUUGCGGUGUUUUGAAGAGUUGUACAAAAACAAGGUUGACUUGGGCCAUUGAAAAGUGAGUUGACCUUCUACAACCGCCCUAAUUGCACCUUACUUAUACCAGAAUUGUACGAAAUACGCUAAAAAGCUUUUAAUAGUGUCUUUUGAAAGGUGCUUCAUAAAUUAAGCUUCUUUUUUGAAUUGACCCAGAAGAUGCAGUCGAUUCAGGACUUGAUGGAAAAGUCAUCUCCUUCAAAGGCCAAAGUCACCCUUCUUCAAGUGCAACAAAAUAUGUUGUAUCAUUUAGUUUUGAAAUCUGGACUUGGUUGUUCGUUCAAGAAAAUGCAGCCCACCCUUGAGAUGACCCCUUAUGCAAAUCCUGCUCAUAGUGUAUGCGCUGUACAUCAUUUAGGAUGAUAGGAAUAUAAUUUAGGUGAAUGAUUUGGCACUAGAUGGCACUGUAGUCUUUGUCAUGCUGCCUUCCACCGUCGUUUAUCAUUUGCUAUUGGUCAAUAAAAGCAGUAAUACAAGUAUUAUCAUAAUGUAUAUUACAGACUCCAGAAUAAUAUUUUGUUAUUCGACAUUUUAUCACGUGAUGAUCAGAUCACCAGAUUUGUUUCGUUUUCGAGAGGAAAUGCAAACAAUGAAAUAAAAAACUUCUCACGACAAA